AUGGCGACAAUCUCUGGCAACAGACCUGCCGACCCUCUGGCCAAAGGCACCGUUGCCACGGCGAAGCAAGCCCUCAGCGAUCUCUUCAAGUGGGAUCAGCGUGUGGUUGUCAGAAACGAAUAUGGCGAAGAGACUUGCGAGUGGCAGAGGCCUGAGCCGCUCAAGAACCCCAUCAGCUUGCUUGCGCAGCUCAAGCUGAAGGACUGGGCUUACUUCCUCGUGGGAUUUUUCGCCUGGACAGCCGAUGCUUUCGACUUCCACGCCUUGUCCAUCCAGACCACUAAGCUGGCCGACUACUACGAUCAGAGCAACACUUCAAUCACCACAGCCAUUACCUUGACACUGCUGCUCCGAUCUGUCGGUGCUGCAUUCUUCGGCCUGGCUGGUGACAAGUUCGGCCGCAAGUGGCCCAUGGUCCUCAACAUGAUCAUUCUCGGUCUUCUUCAGGUCGCCACAAUCUACUGUGGUACCUUCAACCAGUUCCUGGCUGUCCGAUCCCUCUUUGGUCUGUUCAUGGGUGGUGUUUACGGUAACGCCAUCGCAAUGGCACUCGAGAACUGCCCUGUCAACGCUCGUGGUCUCAUGUCCGGUAUCCUGCAGCAGGGUUACUCGUUCGGUUACGUGCUCGCCGCCUGCGCCAACCUCGGCGUCGGUGGUGAGACCAACACCUGGAAGACUGUCUUCUGGGUUGGUGCCGGCUUCUCCAUCCUCGUCGGUCUUGUCCGCAUCUGCUUCCCCGAGUCCAAGCAGUUCAUCGCUGCGAAGAAGGAGGCCAAGAACGACGUCGCCCCUGGCGCUUUCUGGGCGGAGACCAAGACCAUGCUUAAGGCUGAGUGGCGCAUGGUUGUUUACUGCAUCUUCCUCAUGACCUGGUUCAACUUCUACUCCCACACCAGCCAGGACUCCUACACCACCUUCAUGAAGCAGUCCAAGCACCUCAGCGCUGCCGGUGCCACUCGCGCUUCCAUCCUCAUGAAGACCGGUGCCUGCGUCGGCGGUACCAUCUUGGGUUACACAUCGCAGUGGUUCGGACGUCGCCGCACUAUCUGCUGCGCCGCCAUCAUGUCCGCCUUCCUGAUCCCCGCCUGGAUUCUGCCCACCACCGAGCGCGGCCUGUCCGCCUCUGGCUUCAUGAUCCAGUUCUUCGUGCAGGGUGCCUGGGGUGUGAUUCCCAUCCAUCUCAACGAGCUGUCGCCACCCGCCUUCCGCUCCUCCUUCGUCGGUCUUACCUACCAGCUGGGCAACAUGAUCUCGUCGCCGUCUGCUCAGAUCGUCAACGCUGCUGCCGAGGGCAUCAUGAUCAAGACCCACGACGGCAGGCAGUCUCCCGCAUAUGGCCCGGUCAUGGGCAUCGCGACCGCGAUCAUCGCCAUUGGCAUUACUGUUACUACUGCGCUCGGUCCCGAGAAGAAGGGCCGCCACUUCGAGGAGGCGGGCCCCAUUGGUCACCAUGCUGAGCCAGUCAAGGAUAUUGAGACUGGCAGCUUCAACGAGAAGGAUGGCACGCACGCGGUGGAGAUUGUCGACAACAAGGAGACCAAGGUUUAA